AUGGGCACAACUGAACAUUAUGAUCCAGAUUUCCUCACCAUAUUGUUACAAGACCAUCAUACCGUUAGUGGACUUCAAGUACUUCACCAGAAUCAAUGGGUGGACGUCCCUCCUUCUCGCAGCACUUUCAAUGUAAACAUUGGAGAUCUGUUGCAGGCAAAAUCUUUACCAUCUACUUAUGCUUUUAUUUUGAGAAAUGAAAGAGAAGAUUGUGAAGGAGGAAGAGCAGGACAUGCAGCAGACCUCGACCCACAACAAGCAGAGGCUAUAGGAAUCUUGCAGACAUCAGUUUGGGUUAAGGAGAAACAGAUUCAAAAUUUCAAUAUCGAGGGAGACUGCGAAAGCCUUUUUAACUACAUCAAUGGACACAAUGCAGACAUCUCUUGGCCUGCUAAAGCUUAUGAAGGAAGCAAACAAAUUAGCGCAACUCUGUACCAAUUUUUUGGGUUUUGUCUUUGUUCCUAG